UUGUGACAGGGGCCCCAAGUGCCUGGGGCCAUCUUCCACUGCUCAAUAGGAAGCUAGAUCGGAAGUGAACCAACCAUCCCUCAAACUGACACUUAGAAGGUGGCAGCAUAGCGUGCUACUCCACAAUGCAGUCACCUUUAAAUUUAAUAGACACUUUGCUAGAUUAACUAUCUUUUGCUAGAUAAAAAUAUUUGUUUAAAAGCAAAAAUGACAACAUAAGCACGCUGCUGCAACACAGUGAUUGUAAUAUUGGCUUCAACAUUUAAAAUCUUGGUAUUUAGAAUGCAGAAUCUGCAUGCAUUCCCCUCUCCCCAGGUAUUUAAUGUACAAGCACAUUAUAGUUGGAGAAGUGACGGUCUGAUGGAUUUCAAAUUAGAAUGGAUGAACGCUUAUAUUCUUAAAGGCACAGAAAAAUGUCAGUUUGUCAGGAAAAAAACGAGUCUAAGACUGAUUGGUACAGGUGUCUGUCGCUGCUCCCUUGUUUUCUGUAGUGUGCGUUGGGCAGGUGUGAGCAGCUGGGAGCGUGGGCGCUGAGCAGCGGGCUCCUGCGUUCACGGGCCGGUGGCCGUGCAGGCUCUGGCUGGCUAGGUUUGAUUUGGUCUGUUUUCAGAAGGACUUUGAUACCUGGGAAGUUCUGAGCUUCAUGUUAGCUGUGUGUGGAUUAUAGUUUAAACUGCUUUUACUAAAAUGAUCCUAACCAUGUGAAAAGAAAUAUUUACCUUAAUAACUGUAAAGUUUGUGCUUUUGUUUUAAAGCAGUAAACACAUGUUGCAGUAAAUGAUUUUAUUAAAAAUUGGAAUCAUUCUGCCUUUUGUGUAGACAAAGUGGAUUCAGCUACCAUAACUAUAUUCAGGAAGACACAAAACGGAACUGUGAUAAUUGUUGUGCAAGAAUUUUCCCCCUAGAUUUUAUUAUAAUUUGUAAGGACUUCUACCAUCUGUUAAAUGCUUACUGUACAUGGAGAAAUAUUUUGAGGCAUAAUGUUGUUUGUAAAUGACGGAAUUUGGACACUGAAUGGCUUUUUGUGCUGAUACGGCCAUCAUAAAGGUGUUUGAUGUUAGACUAUGUCUUUUUCAUGUGUCGGUGCUUAAAUAGAGCUAUUCUCAAGCUGGAGUAACAGAGACUGAAUGGACAAGUGGAUCUUCAAAAGGCGGACCUCUGCAGGCAUUAACUAGGGAAUCUACAAGAGGGUCAAGAAGAACUCCAAGGAAAAGGGUGGAAACUUCAGAACAUUUUCAUGUAGAUGGUGCAGUAAUUUCACAGAAUACUCCCAUAACUGAAACUAUUAUGGCUUCAAGCAACAACACCUUAGUUGUCAAUAGGGUGACUGGAAAUUUCAAGCAUGCAACUCCCCUUCUGCCAAUCACUGAAUUCUCAGACACACCCAGAAGAACACCAAAGAGACCAUUGACAAGAGCUGAAGUGGGAGAAAAAACAGAGGACAGAAGAGUGGAAAGAGAUAUUCUUAAGGAAAUGUUCCCGUUUGAAGCAGCUACACCCACAGGAAUUAGUGCCAGUUGCCGCAGACCAAUCAAAGGGGCUGCAGGCCGGCCGUUAGAACUCAGCGAUUUCAGAAUGGAGGAAUCUUUCUCAUCAAAGUAUGUUCCCAAGUAUGUCCCCUUGGCAGAUGUCAAGUCAGAAAAGACUAAGAAGAAGGGACGCUCCAUUCCUAUGUGGAUAAAAAUCGUGCUGGUGGUGAUUGUGGCAGUUUUCCUGUUUCUGGUCUAUCAAGCUAUGGAAACCAACCAAGUAAAUCCCUUCUCCGGUUUUCUUCAAGAUGAGUCUAAAAAGCUCAAGUGAAAUCUCUGGCACAUUCAGCUUGGUCUCCUGUUUUUAAUAACUGUAAAACAAAAAAUGUGUACAAUUCUUGUUGACUCAAGAACUAAAAGUAAUGUGAUUUCACGUCAACAUAGUAUUCCUCUGAAAACAAGCAGGCUGCGCUAAUGGAUUUCGUGUGGUCGUCUUGGACCUCGCGCUGUAGAUCACUCUGUGCCAUACAGAUACUCUUUUUUUUAGCUCUGGAACUUUUUGUAGGCUUUAUUUUUUUAAUGUGGACAUCUUAUUUCAUUUUUUGGGGGAAAAUGUAUAUUGUUUUUAUGUAUUUGGGAAACAGAAAGGGCAUAAAAAUGUGGCAGUAUAAUGUGAAGUUACACAUUUAAAUGCUUUCAAUUUUAAGAAUUCUCUGCUGAGUAAAAAUUUACAUACAUAAGCAUAAUGAAAUUUGAUGAGAGGAACAGUACUUUCUAGAAUUGCUACAAAGUUUGGUGGUGUUAUGAGGGAAAAGUGCAGCAAUAAUCUGUAACUUUUACUGCCAGCUAAAUGUUACUGCUUUCGCCCUUUUGUACUGGCUCUGUAAAAGCUAUUUAGUAUCAUGAAAGUGCUAACUCAGUAAGACCUGCUUAAAUACUGGGGACGGUGAGCAGAGAUCUGUUAGUGCAACCUUUACAUAUUUUAAAGAACUGUUAGCUGGCUAUUACCUAUUUUGAAAACCUGAUCGCUGGCUAUAAGACUGUAAUUGGAAAUUUUUACUUUUUAUUUACGAGAAAACAUGUACUCUGUUAAUCCAAUUUACUACCAAAAUAUUUUUUUAGAUAACUGCGUGUGUGCGUGUGUGUCUGUUUAGAAGUGAAGUGUUCAACAGCAGUCUUCUGUUCCAUUUGGAUUCGUUAUUGCGUUAUUUUACCAAAAAUAAAUUUUGUCAGACUUUACCCCCUGUAUUUACCAAUGUAAUCAGACUUAGGAAUGCAAAAGGUAGUUAGUUUUUAAAUUACAAAAAAAUAUCAGUACCUAAGGUUGUAAAUUCUAAACAUGAAGUGGGCAUAAAGAUUUUGUGUGCUUUUUAAGUGGUUGACUUUUAACUUUGGUUGGCUUUUUUUGUUGCUCUUUUGGUUUGCCUUUUUUAGCUGAAACUUACCUCAUGUAUAACUUGAUUAAGUAAAGCAGUAGUUAAUUGAUAUUUUUGUAGAAUCAAGUAAAACAUGAAAAAAACUUCAUUUGAGUUUCAACUUUAUGUGAAACCAUGAAGCACACUAAAAUGUGAGUUAUUUUAAAAUAUCUGAAUUUAAGAAACUGAAAACAUCUAUUUGAACCAAUUCACAAUUUUUAUUUGUCUGAGUCCCAUUCUGAUAUUUAGUUUUUAGAUAUUUUGUAUGCAUUUUCACUAACACUUUGGAAUUGAGAACAGAAGCACUUGCAGGUGUGGUCCCGCAGGGCGCGUGGGAAAUGUGCUCCUCCUGCGCGAGAAACGCUGGCCUCCUAGUGAAAGUGUUCCGAGAUGAGCCGCGUGUUCUCCGCCCUAGGUAAAAGCCGUCUGUUCUUUGUUUUUAAACUUUCCUUCCAUAUUGUUUUCAACAUUUUGUUUAUGAACAGAAAUUGUGAGAAGCUCCUUUCAAUGCUUAAAAAUUUGGGGAGAUACGUCAGACUUAACAUGUAUGUAAGAUCAAGACCUAACGUGUAUGUAUGUAAGAGUCAACGCUAAUAGGAAACUGUGGUCCGGAAUAGCAAGUGUAGGGCCAGCUGAAACAUGGAGACGUUUUGUUUUCAACAUGUACUUGGUCUUCUGUGUGUGUCUGUCUGAUUCCACUAGAGUAACUGUGUCCUUGAUGUAAAUGCAAAGCAAUUCCUCCCUAUCAAAUUGUAGAUGUAGAUUUUACCAUAUAAUUAAAUAAUAAAAGAGUGAUUAACCUCCA